CAGUUUAAGUGGAUAGUACACAAAAAUUAUUGUACAAUAUAUGGUAAAACGAUUCACCUGUAAUGCCGUUAUCAUUGAUACAUUUGUUAUCUCGUGUGUUGUUUAGUAUCUUUUUUCUAUGGUUAAGAUUUAGACGCUUUUACUGUUUUUAUUUAUUUUUGCUGGUAAUUAAAAAUGCCUAGUUGUCUAGUUUGUGGAAGAACGAACAAUGCCAAAGCUAAAUCGGCUAAUAUAACUUUUCAUAGAUUUCCGCUUAAAGACACUUACAAGAGUAAAUGGUACAAUUUUUUGGGAGAAAAUGGCAUACUACCUGAUAAAGUAUCAAAGACAAGUUUAGUUUGUUCAGCACAUUUUGACGAUUCAUUUUUUGUAAUGGGAAAGGGUAGAAGACUGUUACUUAAACAUGCUAUUCCUACUAAAAUUAUCAACAGAAUAAAAUGUGCUAAACAACAAUACUCAGAAACUGUAACCAACUUGCCUGUAAUUAAAACUUUUUAUACUAGUUCUGCUAGCGAUUCAGUUGACAACAUUGCUUCUUUAAAUGUUACCAGAACUUUAGUGAAGUGUCCUUUGAGCAACAUAGAGGUAGACGGAGUAUCUUUAUUGGAACCAGUUCAAUCAAGUUCUAGUGAAGAAGAAGGAGUACUACCAUUAGACAAUUCUUCUGUAUCAAUGAUGAAUUGUGAAACAAUCACACCCAAUAAAAAUAUCUCGAAUGUACUUGACUCAUCCACAAUGUCCAUAGACACCGAGAUAGUUCCAGAUGACACUCCACGCAAAAUCGCAUUGAAAAAAAAUCUUCGCCAACUAUCACAUGAAGUCACUAUCAAAAAUAUUAAAAUGAAAAUCCUUCAGCAAAAAAUAAGGCGCCAAAGUAAAAGAAUUUCAUCUAUGAAGAAUAUAAUUUCCGAGCUUCAAAAACAAAAUUUAAUUGAUGAGGAAGCCAGUUAUACCCUGUCUGAGUCUUUUGGAUUAAAUGCUGUACCACUGUCAAAAUAACAGAAUCAAUCGCCUGUCUUGUAAAGUAUUUGAGUAAAAGUAUUCUAUGACCGCUUAGUGUGUGUGUUGUACAUUAGGUACAUUGUUGUCCAAGCUAUAGUAUUUGAUGGUACUUACAGUUACAACAUACACCAAGUCACCAAGUACCAAAAGUGCUGAAUUCUUAUUCUAAUUAAUUUAAGUAAAACUAGAGUGCUGAAAUAAAAAAUUAAUUCAGUUUACUAACGAUUAAGUUUAGCUAUAAGGUUAAGGUAAAAAUGUAAAACAUAAAAAAAAAGUAUUUGAAAGUAUAUUUAAAUACUUUUGAAAAUUAGUAUUUGUAUCUGUACUUGAAUACUUUUUAAAAGUAUCUUUUACAAGACUGUCAAUCGUACACCAAAAGAGCAAAACUAUUAUAAGCUAUUAUUAUUGUAUAGUCUCUCCACCCAUUUAUUUAAUAACUUAAACUUGUGUAUUGUGUAUAUAGUUUAAUUAACUAAAUAUUUUUAAAUGACAAUAAUUGAAUUUAUAGUUUAUGAUUUACUAUUACUGUUAUUGUAUUUUCAGGAUUAAAUGCUGUACCACUGUCAAAAUAACAGAAUCAAUCGCCUGUCUUGUAAAGUAUUUGAGUAAAAGUAUUCUAUGACCGCUUAGUGUGUGUGUUGUACAUUAGGUACAUUGUUGUCCAAGCUAUAGUAUUUGAUGGUACUUACAGUUACAACAUACACCAAGUACCAAAAGUGCUGAAUUCUUAUUUUAAUUAAUUUAAGUAAAACUAGAGUGCUGUAAUAAGAAAUUAAUUCAGUUUACUAAUGAUUAAGUUUAGCUAUAAGGUUAAGGUAAAAAUGUAAAACAUAAAAAAAAAGUAUUUGAAAGUAUAUUUAAAUACUUUUGAAUAUUAGUAUUUGUAUCUGUACUUGAAUACUUUUUAAAAGUAUCUUUUACAAGACUGUCAAUCGUACACCAAAAGAGCAAAACUAUUAUAAGCUAUUAUUAUUGUAUAGUCACUCCACCCAUUUAUUUAAUAACUUAUAACUUGUGUAUUGUGUAUAUAGUUUAAUUAACUAAAUAUUUUUAAAUGACAAUAAUUGAAUUUAUAGUUUAUGAUUUACUAUUACUGUUAUUGUAUUUUCAGGAUUAAAUGCUGUACCACUGUCAAAAUAACAGAAUCAAUCGCCUGUCUUGUAAAGUAUUUGAGUAAAAGUAUUCUAUGACCGCUUAGUGUGUGUGUUGUACAUUAGGUACAUUGUUGUCCAAGCUAUAGUAUUUGAUGGUACUUACAGUUACAACAUACACCAAGUCACCAAGUACCAAAAGUGCUGAAUUCUUAUUCUAAUUAAUUUAAGUAAAACUAGAGUGCUGAAAUAAAAAAUUAAUUCAGUUUACUAACGAUUAAGUUUAGCUAUAAGGUUAAGGUAAAAAUGUAAAACAUAAAAAAAAAGUAUUUGAAAAUAUAUUUAAAUACUUUUGAAUAUUAGUAUUUGUAUCUGUACUUGAAUACUUUUUAAAAGUAUCUUUUACAAGACUGUCAAUCGUACACCAAAAGAGCAAAACUAUUAUAAGCUAUUAUUAUUGUAUAGUCUCUCCGCCCAUUUAUUUAAUAACUUAUAACUUGUGUAUUGUGUAUAUAGCUUAAUAAACUAAAUAUUUUUAAAUGAAUUAAAAUUAUGGUAUUUUCUCUUUUCUUUUUGCGGCAUGUUUGUUUCCUUAACUAUUGCUUGUUUUCAGUGCAAGAAGUCGUGCUUAAAGACACACCGAAUGAUGCAGCAAAUCCAGAGAAGAGUUGUGCAUGCUAAUAUAUAAUUUAUAGUUAAACUUAUAUAAUUAAAAUCCAUCCAAUUUUUUAUUACAUAUAAUAAAGUCUAAAACUGAAGACUAACUAUUCUUUUUUUUCUUUAAAUAACAAAGAAAAAAUUCUGGUCUUAGUUGGACCAGUAAUUAAUUAAAAUAAUACAUCUAAUUAUAAUUAAACCUAUAAUUAGUAAUUAUAAUAUACUAAAAGAAUAACAAUUGAAAGAAAAUAUUUCCACCUCGCUGAACAUUCCCAGAGCUUUAAAUAAACGCUACAUUAUUAUUGUUUUGUAAACAAUUAUUUUUAUUUAUUUCACCGUUAUAAUUUUUAACUAAUAGUAGUGUGGUAAAUGUAAAUGUAAAUAUAUUUUAUAAUUUUGAACUUUGUA